AUGAAGCCUCUGAUUCGCCGUCUGUCGCGAAUAGCCGACUCAUCCUCCUGCAACCGAGUUCGCAGCGGCGACAUCGAUCACCCGACGUCCACUUUCUUGGUAAAGAGAGCAACCGUCGCGUCGAGUGUACCAUCGGGCCACGUCCCGGUGAACGUGGGAGAGAAGAUGGAGCGGUACAUCGUGAGCGCGGAGCUGCUGAACCACCCUGUGUUCGUAAGGUUGCUGAAUCGAUCAGCUCAGGAAUACGGAUACGCACAGAAAGGAGUUCUUCAUAUCCCUUGUAACGUCUUCGUGUUCGAGCAAGUUGUGGAGUCUCUCCGAUCUGGUGUCGCUGAUACGUUGGAGCUCCUGGCGUCUCUGACUGGUGAAGAUUUUUGUACAGAGUAAUAGACUUGUGUUCCGUUUCUCUUCUAUGUUUCUUCGAUCUUCUCCUUUUUUUUAUUUGAUUGGUCGGAGAAUAUUUUUAUUUGAUAGAUUGAAAAUGUGAAUUGUUUGU